UUGGAGGUUUGUUCAGGGCUGUUUCCCGGAGGGAGCAAGCAGGAGGUGACUGAGGAGGAAACCGGCUCCUAGGACUCACCACCAGGGGCGAGAGCAAUGAGCGAGGCGGAGAGCUGUUCCCCUAAUCCCGGGGAAAAGAAAGUCCUCGCUAAAGGUGUUCUUGGUACGGUGAAGUGGUUUAAUGUCCGAAAUUGCUAUGGAUUCAUAACAAGGCAUGACACACAACAGGAUGUAUUUGUUCACCAGACUGCCAUCACCCGAAACAAUCCCCGUAAGUACCUACGCAGUGUUGGGAAUGGAGAGAUUGUGGAGUUUGAUGUCGUCGAAGGAGCCAAGGCAGAGACUGUUGAGGCUGCAAAUGUGACUGGCCCAGGAGGUGUUCCAGUCAAAGGCAGUCCUUAUGCCCCAAACCGCCGUCGAUUCCGCAGAGGCUUUGUGAGACGUCAGGCUCUUGUGGCUCAGGGUGGCCAAACAGUGACGCGUGAGUCAACAGAACCUUCAGCUGAGGGGGGCUCAGUGGAGACUGUUAAUGGGCCACAACAGACCCUCGAACAGCGUCGGCGACCCCCACUUCCCUAUUUUAACCGAAACCGGUUUCGGCGGCGGCCGAGAGCCCAGACCCCUCUGCAAGAUGGAGAGGGGCAACCAGUUGCAGGUGAUGUGGUUUCCACUAACCAAGAGCCAGUGUCCGAUUCUGGUCAGGCCCAAUCUCAACAGCAAGGUCAACAAAGGACACCCAGAAAUAGACCCCGAUCCCAAUUCCGCAGGCGACCUUUCCGUCCACGCCCACCACCUCAGGAGGUGUCAGCUGACCUGGAUGAGAACAAGGAGCCCAAGACUGACCAGCCACAGCCUGCACGCCAGCGUUUCCGUCGUUCAUUCUUCCGUCGCAGGGAAAGAGCUCUUGCCCAGCCUCCUGUGGCACAAGAGCCAGCUGCUGCUGAGGAACAGAAGGAUAAUCCCACUGACAGCUCUGUCUCAGCAACCUUAAUUGAAGGAGCUUCAGAGACUGUUCCUGUUCCAGUCCAAAGUCCAGUCCUGGUUGUUCCAGAAAUGCCAGUGACCAAAGAACUUCCAGUUUUAACAGAGACUGCCUCCAUAGUCGUGACCACAGAACCAGAAAAUGUCAUGACCCAGGAGUCUGCAGUAACUCAACUGCUCAAUAGAACAGAAGACCUAGUGCCAGACCAGCUUGGCAUUGCUCCCAGUAUUAAAGCAGAUCAGGAGAAAAGUAAGGCCUGAACUGAAGGUGCUCACUUUAGAGUGGUUUCCUGCUAACUGCACUUGAAGCUCUCGGAAUUGUGGGCACAAGGUCAAACAAACCUGGACUGCCCUAUAAUGUAUGUUGUGACCCUGACUUUUGGGAUUUUCUUUUUGAUUAGGAGCGCUUGGAUUUAGUUUGUCCCCCUUCCCUUUGGGAGACUUUGUACACAUGACAUUGUCCCGGACACCAUUCUGCACAGUUUACAUGACUUGGGUUUACUUUUUCAUGUACUGAUUUAGGGUGAUGUGCAAUAAUAAAACUGCUUGCUAAAGAUCA